UUACGUCAUUCCAUGAUGGCUGAAGAUCCUGGCGGAACAUUUUUCAAUUUCUCUCUCAUUUUUCCUUCUUUCUCUCUACCUCCGCUUGCCAUAGAGACAUGGCAGGACCCACAGGCCCGUUAAGCUUCCACAGAUCAUUGGUGUCGACAUGCCCAAGAAAGGGAACCGAAAACGGCUGAAAUUUAAGGCCGGGGACGUUUGUUCGGAAUCAGUCACUGUUGCUGAUUAUGCUGACGCUGACCCAGCCGUUGUGAAGUCAGGGAGGGUGAAGAAGGCUGUUGCAAAUGCAGUUGAAAAAGAAGUAAAAUUACUCUGCGGCCUGGAAGCAUCUCAGGGAGCGGUGGAGGAGGUCGUCUCAUCUGCAGGGAGUGUCCAAGAAGACGCUUUGGAAAGCAGUGAUGACCUAGACCCUGAAGAGGAUGGAGAAAAUGAAAGUAAAGCAGCCCGCAAGAAGAAACACAAGAGGAGAAAGGAAUGCAAUGAGAGCAGUGACGGGUACGAGUAUCCAGUGGAUAUUUGGGAAGUGCUCGCCUCCUAUAUUCGGCCUGAAGAUGUGUGCAGAUUUGCUCUGAUCUGUAGAAAUGCCUGGACAGUCACUUGCACUGCAGCUUUUUGGACCAGGCUCUACAGAAGACACUACAGGAUUGAUGCCGACCUGCCAUUUCGUCUGCAACCUGAUUGUAUUGACAGGAUGCGUUGUUUACGGGCUCGUGUUAUUCGCUCCCUUUUCCAUUUGUAUGAGCCAUUUGACUCGCGUGUCUCAAAAAUUCCUGCCCUGCCAGAGUCCACGCCCACAACCUUGCUUAACUCAAAGUGUUUACUGGCCUGGUACAGAAAGGUCCCCUGUUCAGGGACUCGUCCAGAGGCAUUGUGGGAGUUCAACUUCAAGUUCUUAAAGCAGCAGGGACAUGGUAAGAAUGGUUGUGCCAAAUCCUUGUGUGCGCCCAGACAAUACAAAGAUGUCCACUCAAACCCAGACUCUGACUGCUACAUGCUUCAGGUCACCACCCUCAACUACAUCUACACCCCUGUGGUCAUGGGCAUGACGCUGGCCCUGUUUACAAUCAACGUCAGCACAGACAUGCGCCACCACCGUGUUCGUCUGCUUUUCCAUGACUCACCGCUCCAGCGGGGAAAGAAGAGGGGAGAUCAGGGCGGGACCCUGGUGGUGUUGGAUCCCGUACAGAGUGUGAGGAUCAUGGACUGGUGGCAUCCACAAUACCCCUCUUCAUCCGACACAUAGGAGUCCUACCCCUUCAGAUGAUGCGACAGCAGAACGUCACUCUAAGAACCCUGCUGUUAUCUCAUCUCAUCCUGCCCACCAAACACAAAUAUGAUAGUGGAUGCAGAACCCUGGAUUUAUGUUGAAUGACAAAGUUUGGGACAUUUUGAUUGUCAUUGUUAGGUGUUAAAAAAGUACACCAUUGAGAUGGGAUGUGAACCUCAUCUUGGUGUCGUAAUCAAACAUGUUGCAUGCAUAUCCACCAUCUCAACUCCACACCAUCAACAUCAUAGUUUGCCCUGCAAUUUUCAACGUAUGUAGAUCAUGUACUGCAGAAUGGUCCAGUAUGAACAUUAUUCUUAGGGAGAUUGGGCUUAUCAUCUAUGUAUACAAAUCUACAAUAGCAGUCAUUCUAAUCUUUCAGCAAUCUGCAUCUUCAGCAGUUCCUUUCUUUUUCUUUUAAACAUGGAGAAAUAGGGCUGGGCAAUAUAGAAAUAAAAUAAAUGUCAUAACAUUAAUCAGUAGUUGAAUAUGAAAUGCUACCAUCAGAUCAGACUGGAAGACUGAAAUGACUUUGAGAUGACAAAAAAAUUUGAAAUUAAUUUCUUAACAGUUGUUAAACUUUGGAUUUUUUGCAGACAAAGUAAACAGUGUGGAGAUUAAUUGAUCAGUGAUAAAUGUGAAGUGAUGUAUCAGCUCAACUCUACAUUCUUGGCAAAGACGAUCAUGUGCAUUUUCAGCUUCAUAAAUGGAUUCAAAAAUCUGCUGUUAUUUUACAUGAAUGACACUGAUGCAUAUUGAACGUACAUGUUAUAAGAGUAGUUUUGAAAACUCUGGGAUUAACAGGGUGGAACAUUUGUACUGUCCUACUUUGGUUUGAUUUUAUGUUUACUUGAAAGUGUAGUCUGAAAUAUCUUGAUUUUGCAUUGGUUUGAUUUUGACAGUGUUGCAUCAACAUAAUCCAUUAUUAUUCUUUUAAAACCA